CACGUGCUUAUCUUCAAUGUGUCCAUAACAACUGUACAAGGUUUAAGGAAUAUCAAAUUUGAGGUGUACGUCGGAAGCGUCCCCCUACCGCGCUACACCCACCAAAUUCUAGAAGUCCAUAGCUUUUUUUUUUCUUUUCUCAGCCACGUGUGUAAGCGUGAGAGAGCUGAAACGUAUAUGACGUCAUACAACCAGGCCUUUCUGUGUCAGGAGCGGUACACAACCAGCUGUGGUCAUCUGGACUGGAGACGGUGCACACGCUAUAGAGUACAGACAUGCUACACUCCCAGAGAGAGAUACGCCAUCAAAUAUCACGUGGUAGAGACGUGCUGUCCCGGAUGGAGUGAUGACGGAACUGGCGCAUGUGCGAUAGCGAAUUGUGGAGGGGCGUGUCAGAACGAGGGCAGGUGCUCAAACGUUGCGGGAACGCCUACUUGUAUAUGUCAAGACAGUUACUAUGGCGACCACUGCCAACAUGAGCGGAACCACUGGGAGGCGUGGCAGACAGCAGUGGUGUGUUCUUGUGGAAUUCUGGUAAUCUUGGUCACCUCUGUCACAGUUUGUGUCUACAGAAGCUAUAUCAAAAAAAAAAUGAAGAGAAUUGCUCCAACUAAUGAAUUCGUGUAUUGGAACCAACCCGGCCGUUUUGUCAUUCCGACAGGAAUUCCUAUACAAACGGGAGGGAACAGCAAUAUAGACUCCGUGCAGCAUCCAAACCACGUCACUCAAACUUCCGGUAAUGCGUACGCACAUCCAUCUGGUAGCCAUAUUGUUCAUCCAUCUGCUCCAAUGGACUGCUCCGAUAGAUGA